AUGAACCUUGGAGAUAGGUUUGGGGGCCCGUGGCUAAUUGUAGGAGAUACCAAUUUUGUUCUUAACAACUCUGAAAGAGAAGGCUCUUCAGGAAGGGACCCUUUUAUCCCGUUCAUAUCCAAUCUGGUUGACUCUAGAGGGCUGAUCAAUCUGUGUAUACAAGGGGAUAAGAUGACUUGGGAUAACCACAGGUCGGGGGGUAGUCACGUGAAAUCUGCUCUUGAUAAAGGGAUUAUAAAUGGAGCUUGGAUACAACUGUUUCCUAAAGCUGUUAUUCGCUCUUCGCAUACAAGCAACUCGGAUCAUAGACCUCUUUUCUUGGAUACUAGUGGUCCUCCCCCUACCUUUAAGAGAUUUUUCAAGUUUGAGGAGGGUUCGAUGAGGGAUGUCAGAAGCAAACUUGUAGUGGCCAAUGCUUGGGGUUCGAUAGAUCAUUCUUGGGCUCCGGCCCGAGUAUUUAAAAAGCUGGGAGCUACUAGGAUUGCUCUUCUUAAGUGGAAUAGAACGCAGUUUGGUAGGAUUGACUAG